AUGUCGGCUCUACGAGGAGUAUUACGCGAGAGCGAAUGGGCCUCCACACCAUGCCAACAGCCCCAACCGCACGACCCCCCCCCCCACCCACCAGACGGCCUCCCGCUCUACCAGUCCGAUUUCCGUACCGAAACCCUGGAUGUCCUUAUUGCGCAGCGUUCGGACUCCAAGCUCAGCGAUGUGAACACACUCCGCCAAGUAAGUCAAUCUUCGUUGCUCCUACUUACUUGGCUCUAUCGUCCCAUCCACCCUUUUUUACAAUCCCCGCUAAGCUAGACGGUCACAAUAUGCUAGCCCUAGAAGACACAGGCGCCAACGUUUCCUUCGUGAAUAGCUCCAGCCUCACUCGCGAGUUAUACGAGCAGAUCUACCACACGAGUGGCCCCCAUACCCUGUGGGUAGCGAACGGCACUUUAAUACCCAUCUUGGGUCGCAUAACCCUAGGCCUCACUAUAGACAACACAGAGGUGACAUACCCAUUCCUGGGGGCGACAUAGGGCCCGUGGGCCUUAGUUCUAGGGUUGGAUCUCCUGCCGGACUACGACUGCGUUAUCCGCACAAAGAGUCGCCGCCUGUCAGUUCCGACACUCCCAGAACCUCCCACCCAUACACCAUCAGAGAACCUCGAUCUGAUAUACAACACCGUGGUAGCAGCCGCAACACUCAAGCCGUCCAACAUUGAUGCGAACCUACCCUCAGCAGAAGCAGUCGGGUCAGAUAACCGCAAUAGACUACGUAGACACCUACUGUCAUUCUCCGGGUUGUUCACCUAAUCAACCGAUGCAAUCGGGCGCAGCCGCAAAGUUCAACACGCAAUUAGCAGGGACGGCGCCAAGCCCAUUUGGUAACCCCCACGCCGAAUACUGGUACUGUUCCGAGCAGAGGUAGACAAAAUCAUAUAUAAACUGCUAAAAACCCGCAUUAUACAGUCGUCCUAAUCUCCAUGGGCAUCAUCUAUAGCCCUAGUCCCCAAAAACGACGGCUCCUUCCGUCUCUGAAUAGACGAUCACCGCCUGAAUGCCGUAAAUGUCCGCAAUUCAUUCCCACUACCGCGCUUAGACGACACCCUAGAUAGCCUUCGCGGGGCAGCCUAAUUAUCGACACUGGACCUUAACUUGGGCUAUUGGCAGGUCGAGAUAGAUCCCAAAGACCGUCAGAAGACCGCGUUUAUCCUACCACAAGAAAUGUUCGAGUUCCAGACGCUUCCUUUCGGACUAUGUAAGGCCUCCGCCACUUUCCAACGACUGAUGUACCAAGUGUUCAACACCCUGUCCCACACAAAUGCCUCGUUUAUCUGGACGACAUCAUCGUAUUCGGCCCCGAUGUCGAACAACACAACCGCAAUUUAAGAGAUGUGUUAGCAGUCCUCCGCGAUGCCUGCCUGACGUUGAACCCGGUCAAAUGCACAAUCCUACGGCCAGAAGUACAAUUCCUGGGCCAUAAAAUCUUUCCAGGCCGCAUAGUCGCUUUACCAGACCGACUUAAACAGAUUCGCACCUGGCCGACACCCGCCAACCAGACGCAAUUGCGUAGUUUCCUAGGUCUUGCCUCUUACCACCGACGGUUUAUCCGUAAUUUCGCCCACAGGUGUGCAAGUAUCUGACACUGGGGCGUAAUUACUUAGUUAUAACAAAAUGGACCAAAAAAAUACUUAUUUUUUGCUGUUAUUGCCAGUAGCGUUUCCUAAAUUGAUUUGUGUUUAAACAAGUCAAUAUAUAACUACUACUAUUGUCAUAUUUCGCCGGGUCUCCUGAUUCGUCAAAUAGGUCCUUCGUGUAUUUCUGUCGGGCUUCGAUCGCUUGUACGCGCGUAGUUGUCAGAUGGCUGAGAUAGGAAGGCGGCGUGCCGUCUCUUUUUGCGCGGUAAUUAUUCCAGCUAAAUUUAUAACACAUUUUCUCACUGCUUCCUUUGCCGAGCCUCUGUUCUUGCCGAGUUAGUUAUUGCCGCCUAGGAUUGCAAACAUUGUUAAAAAUCAUGCACUAACAAGUCGGCAGUCCACGCAAUCUGUGAACGUUGGUGUAUUGCCAGUGGCGUGACCGGCCAAGUUCUUGCGACUGCCUAAUAGGCACAACCUGUCCUUGCGUCCCUCCGUAUGAUUGGUACACGCGGCGUCCAAGGCUUUACUGACGCGCGCAUGCAUCGUUUGCACAUAGUGAAGACACCUGCAAGGGGAUUGUGUCUCAUGUACGCUGGAGGGUCUUCUCUGUGUGGUAGUAACUGACUUUUCCAGAGAUGGAUGGACGACCUCCAGGCCGUCGAUGACGCAUGCGCCAGCAAUUUACUGACUGAUACAGGUUGUGCUGAGUCUGCUAACCGCAUAAGUGGACGUGCUCUUGUAGAAAAAUCAAAGCUGCUGACCCAGGGAUAACCAAUUAAUAGGGUAUUGUUCUCAGAAAACAUUUCAUAUUGUAAUUCAGCUAUAAGGCUUCUCUUGUACUUAUUUCGUUUGGUUGUGACGUGUAGUUUAAAAUCACUUGUCCGAGAUGUUCUUCCACACUUCCCCCGGUGACGUGGUGGCGGAGACUUAAAGGCCCGUAUCUCCAAAAAUAUGUUAUUUGCAUAAAACUGGCAUAAUUUUAACAUGUUAAUCUUGGUACUAUAGUGGCAUGAUUUUAACAGUCUUAUCAUCUAAAUGUAAAGCUGAUACUCCCAGGUUUAUGCUGCGUCCGACCGCCACCGCCUGGCUGUGUUGUCAAACGCACAUUGGCUAGUACAUCAACUACCUCUUGAAGGCACUUACCCUUAUGGGUCAGUGUGUCUUCUAAUCUAUUCUGGGCAUACAGAAAAAUCUCAUAUUUAUUUUGUCCAAUUAGCUAUGACUGCUCAUACUGCACACCAAACGUGGCUGUCUUAUGGUCUAAAGGAAUCGUGCGACGAAACCGACAGCGAAGACUUACCCUAGACGACUUUGCCUAUGUGUGUUACGUAGACACUACGUUUGCCCUUGUUGCUGGGACAGUUAAAUUAUCUCGUCAUAUCUUCCACCGUAACGACUUGCAUUUGUCGGAGAUGAGGACAAUGGCGUGUAAUCUAACACUUAAGGUCGAACAUAGUGCUCACUUUGCAAAACCCUGCAUAUUUCUUCACGCGCCAGUUUUCCUUGCAAUAUUUCGCUGCACAGACGUACCAUGCAUACAUUAGGUCCCUGGGACGCCAUGAGGUAUAAAUAUAGGCGUCGGAAACGUGAAUGAAAACAGAGUUACCAAUAUGGUAACGGUCGCUGCCACUACGCGCAGUACGUCUACUUUUCACCAGGUUCUCACUUAUGCGGACAUAUCGGUCAGUUACUUCAUUUCCUGUCGUCAGUGAAUUGGUUACUAUGGGCCGCAUGGGGACACUAACGUGUCUGUCAUCACGGUCAUGUGGCGUGAAGCCAUUUCUCCGUUUUUUCCCAAGCGACAAGCCACGUUUUGUGAGGCCUUCUUGACCUUCUCUGGAGUCUCCUUAACCAACCCAGAAAACCUUCAGAUGGAAAUGGCAAGAAGAUGUCCAUUGGCUCCUAUCUGGCAACGUUAUCGGGAAUGUGCGACACUUAGAACAUUAUGCACCACUGUACAAACGUAGGAACGAGUUAUGAAAUGCCCAGUCAGACUGCGACAACAUGGUAACCACUCGGCAUACAGAGUGCUGUAUGACAGCAAUAUUGAGGAGAGGAACAAUUGUAAAAAGUUCCCAUACGCAUGUUCAGAAGGUACACAGUACAAGGUUGUGAAACCUGUAAGUAUGCGGAAUGCACCUAUUCAUGAGUAAUAUUCGGCUGCUAAUGAUACCCACUGUCGAAGGUAACGACCCGUAAUUCGUACUUUGUAGGCUACUGGUUCACAAAAUAAGCAAUCUCACCAAGCCUAAGUCAUUUAAAUGCGUUGGAUCUAGAGGGGGCCGGAAAUGAGUCCAAAAAUGCAUGACAAGUAUGACGAAAUGCUACAGCGUUCAUUCCACUCGUUAAUGUUCCAUCUGCGGGACGUGCAGAAUUCUUUUUAAUCCCUGUACCUACUCCCCGAAAAGUACACAUUUCGCAACGGCGCCGGCUUGCCUAAGAAACUCCCAUGUUGGUGUCUCGCAAAUUAGGACAAAACCUCCGACUCAUGUUGCCCUCAGUUAGCUAUGUUCACUCCACUUCCUGUGACCUCGCAGAAGUCGUGCGUUAUUUUUCAGCAGUUCGAAACUGUAUCAUCCUGUUUUGAGGACCAUAGUAAAUCCUCGCAAGAAACACCCCGCUUUUAACCGUUUAACGAUCCUGCCUAGGAUAAGUGAAAUCCGGUUCUUGUCUUACGGCUAACCGGUAUGCCAUUUAUACUAAAAUACACUGUUAACUGCGGUAGACGUUUCGAAAUUGUCCAAACUGUGUUGGUACUACUUAUGGCAGAGGGGCGCUCACCGAUCGUUUUUAAGAAACUCACUUAUCCCGUUGUGCCUUAGGGCUCUCUCGAGUCCAGCCAGCAGCCGCAUAGCAGCUCAUGAUAUAGGCAGAAUAGCAUUACCGACAAGACAGGGGAGACUGGAAUGACCAUUUCUGGCUUAUUGGCAGUCGUCAGCCCGCUCCUCCCCUUCGUAUGGCAUCUACACUGCACACAGUCGUGCCCACCAAGAGGUCUCCCUGGAUCUAAAAGCAUAUUUUCUACAAACACUGUUAAAAGAGCUAGCGGUGUCUGCAGUUGACAAUGUGGUGGAGGUGAAUGGACAGUCUACAAGCUCACCUCUUCCCGAAUGAUCAGCCUGUCACCAACAGCUGCCGUACGUGCUGGGCCUUACACGUCAAAUUCGCUGAAAAUACCUCAGAAUUGUGAUAUCCCCACUCAUAAUUGCUCACUGCUCACACUCAUCCUAACUCAGGUUCUGAAACUGACGAAGCCGUUAAUGUCACUGAGGCAGGAUUCCUCUUUGCAUCUCUCAUUACUUCCUGAUGCUAUUUCGUAACAUUUCAAGCAAUAAGCCUUCUAAAGGCCUUCUCUAUUUUCUUGGGAACGUUAAUCGGUUAAAAACACAAGUGAAAACGAGUAAUUAGAUAUUAGAUGUAGUCACGCCAAAGUACCUUCGGCAUCCGAACAACCGUAACCGAAGAUGACUGCGAUCAAAAUCGUACCCAUCGACCCAUAGCCUGUCCCUUUCCCGUCAGAUGUUGACAGCGGCACGCUAUUGAGCUGCUAGACCACCGCGUGCACCUUUCUUGUCUGUCCCGGACCAAGAUGACUUAGGCGGUAAUUAGGAAGAAGGCCACCUAAGAUGAAGGCAUGGUGCCCACUGAAGCGAUGCACUUCCGAAAUAUUGGCAUGACUAUGGUGAAAUGCGUAUUUUAUGGUUUGGGGUUUGCGUCCAAAGCCAGAUCAUUAAUCAGUGAUGGCGUUGAGCAACUGGUCAGUGUCUCCUGGAGGCUCGAGGGCACUACAAGGCCUAUUGGUCGUUGAAGUGAAGCCUGUUCGCUUUCGUUUGGCCAUCUGAAUGUGUUUACGGGGAAAGCACGUUUCACAGUUUUUAUUUUUCCGUCAGAAUACCAGCGAUUUCUUUGAUUAUAUUUCGAUGCAGUUUACUACCCCUCAUUCACCCAUGCUCCAGGAAUAACUCGUUUUGGCUUAUGCGUUCGGUUAUCCAAUAGUACCCUUGCUUUAAACUGGCAUAUCCGGACGGUUACUUAUUUUACCUUAAAGCAUUCCCGUAUAAUCUUCUGUUUUCUUCAUACGUGACAAGUCGACUUUUUUUCCUCCUAGCCCUCGCUGGUGAAACAGUUGCCGAAACCACUUCCCGAACAAACGAAUCUGCAAGUAGCCGAUGACCAACUUCCAACGAAUAAACUCUGUGCUCUUGCACGAACGUCGUUCUCUUUUUCAGGAAGUCAGAAAAGUAGCCUCCAUGGUUUGGUCCACUCCCAGGACACUGGCUCAGUCAACGACGGAGAGGUCUUCGCUUCGAGUGGCCCAUACUGUGGGAACCUGCUCGGGGAAUCGGAUUCACUGGCAGCGUUUUCUUGUGCCUCCCGUAAAGUUGCAGUAUGCGUCCCUCCCCCACCUUCACUGGUCUUAACUGCUCCUAUCAGUGAAGAACACUCAACACCCAACGACCCUGCCAACCUUAAAUCAGCGUUACGGGAAACGACAGGAUCAACCGACCACUCCGGCCAGAUCUCUCGUCUGUCUCCGUCCAGGAGGCUCUGGACCUCUUCCGUUUGUCCUCCUCCAAACGCGUCGCUUUUGGAUUCAACUAUGGUCAAAGAAUAUUUAGCGCAGGUACGGUUAUUAAGUGUUAACAGCCACUGUCGCCCGUGCUCGGGAUACUAGUUCACUCAUCCCCGACUUUGUUGACUACUUCACUUCCUGCGCAUUCGAAUACGCAGGAUAUGCGUAAUGACCAUCUUCAAGUCAUGGGAGCUGUGCCCAGUCUGGUACAAAAACACGUCCCUUUUCUCCGAUCAAUUUGGCAGCAUGAUAGCGGCUACCGAACUCCCAGUACUCUCAUCUUGUGGAUACAAUUAGGUAAGCAGCAGUUCUAGGUCAAGAGUGGCAAAACCAAAUUCUCGAGACGCAUGAUGACAAAUUCGUCCAGACUAUUUCAGUCAUCACCCUUGAGUGGCAUGAGAUUUCCGGGAUGUUGUUGCAGUGAUCCUGGACUGUCCUUCAAGACGAAUCCGGUGUACUUCACCCUAGGGCUGGUUCUUGGAUGAUGGUAUUCAGGUACCUCCAGUUCUCGCUCCCCACUCAGGCGCACGGAUAAACAUUCAUAACCAUAUAGGUGAACUGACUGGAAAGAUGCCCGACACAGGCUAAUCCUCGUGACUAGCGAUAUCACGUCGGGUUCACAGACGCCUGAUAAGGACUGUGAAAACCCUACAAGCAUUAUCGAUUCCGGAGGUGAUGCCGUUCUAUGUCAGUCAUCUGGCGCUCAGGUCCAAAUUUGACAACGUCAGAACCGUCAGAAUCCAGUCAAUGGUUUAUCCAGAUAAGUUGGGUGGCGGAGUGCAACCUUGCUAGAAAGCAGACCGAAUAUAGGAUGACUGGGAAACAUUCUGGACGAGAACUCUUGGAGUGACAGAAGGAGGACAAGUCUUGACCACGACGGUUAUUUUUGCCGGUAUACCGUCUAACUUCACUACCCGUCACAGAGUCUCGCGGUUAAGGGAACCGAAAAUUGUAGCGAAGCCAGUAAAGCAGACAGUGUUCGAUUAGUGGUAACCGUGGCGGAGUUUAAUAAUUAGCCGCAGUGUAAAUACUUGGUCGACACAUCCACGUCCACCCUGGAACCUGGCUUGGUUUGUCCUCGUUCUCGAAUCAUGUACAUUCUGAAACCGCCUAAGAACAACGAUAACAUAGGACUUUGGAGCGGUUUUUGUUAGACUCAUGCUGCAGUGAUUCUUGCACUCUUGUUUCCAUCAGGGGCGGGCACAUGGAUGUCUAAGCCCCAGUCAUGAAGGACAAACUUUUUCGCGCAUGCUCAGCCACACCUUAGAGCCAGGACGUCAAAGUAUCGACAAGAGAAUUGUAGACCUCGAUCGGAAUACCAUCAUCUCCGGACGUCUUGUCACACAGCCUCAGUGUUGCGUCAAUUUACCGAGAACGAGUCACACAUUCAAUCAGGAAAGGGCGCACACCGAUCUAUUGGCUUCACGAAGCAAACGAGCUCUGUAUGGGUGGCAAAGGUCACGAACAGGCAACCAAUUACCAGGCCGAAGUCGGCCAAGUCAUAAUAGCAUCAAGGAGGGACGACAGAGAAUGCAGGUAGAUUGAUACAGUACUGUUUUGGGCUUAUUGUGCCUUCAUUCAGCCAAUCAUAACCCUGACCACCAGCAGCUGCGACCAGAAACACAAACAUGCGCACAGACGCACACAUUACUACGUAGGCCGAAGAAGGAUAUCACCUCGCUGCAGGGGGAGGCGAUUGUUGGGUUGUCAUCGAAAUUGAAAAGAUGUACAAAGUGCUCAUGUCAACGCCUGACCUUGACCGAGUUUUCAGCAAUAAAGCCGCAAUGAAUACUACAAUCGGUCACUCAGUAGAGAGGGGCUCAUCAGUAACUUGACGAAUAAUUUGAUAAAGUUUUAACUGGAAUAUGAGCCGUACUGCAUAGACGUCGCCAAGCCAGCCUGAUAGUUUUUGCAUUCCUAUUCAGCUGACUUUGUUGUGAUUUUGUGGGGCUUGCAGAAAGAGUAAACGUUGCGUGACCUAGCCCUAAAUGAUCGGGCCGACAACUGUAAGGCUCCUGAGCUGAUCCAGUCGCUUCUACGUCGUUGAGUAAAUUAAAAAACUGGCUGGAAAAGGCUGUGUGUACCCCUCCCCUGAACUAUAUUUAUACAGUGCCGGCUUGUUUAACUUUUUAACCAGUAGGCGGUGCGCAUUCUUCUCGCAGGUCGCGCGUUUUUCUGCGUAACUUAAUUUACGUGAUUUUCUUUCGACGCCUCUUUAUUACAUUUCAGGGUUGGAAACAGUUGCUUGUACCCAAAAACACAACCGUUCCCUACCCGUUACAUAACGCGUACGGCAUAAAUACGAUUCUUAGUUUUUUCGUUUCGUGCCCGAAAAUUACUUUAUUGACGACCAUUUGCCAGUACCUUUUUCUCAAAGGAGUUUCAAGAUGCAGUCGAACUUCUGUGUUGGGUUGCAACGCCAAGACGUCUUUUAUGGGGCAUUUUGGGUGCGGAUAAGACGUAAAUUUAUAGGCGUAUGUAGCCCUGAGCAUGGUCUGGCGUCUAGACAUUGUCAGUUUUGGCGCAACAUACUGAUCUGCCAUAGUAACCCCAACUGCGAAAUCUUAGGCUGACAAGAAUGUGGUCAAUCCGGUUGAUCGCACGAUUUUCGUUCGAACUUCAGGUGUGGUCCCUAGAAUAGUUGGUGCGCUUUAUAUACCACAAUCAUCAGGGCCCAACCCCGUUUUGAAGAAGAGGAAAGACAUUUAUAGGCCGCCUGAUAUCCUGUACAGAUGCCUGUUGGUGGUCAUAGCAUUCGGCACGCGACCGCCUCUAGGUCUGCUUCGCCCCCAGUAAGGUCAAUGUGAACGCAGUGUCCAAGUGUCAUGUGAGAGCCGGUGGGAGUUAGCUUGGUGAAUUGAUUGGAUGAUUAAGGAAUCUGUGGGCGUCCGUGAUUGGCUGUCCUCCAGACUGGAUGUGCGCGUCCACCCGCUCGUAAGCCGUGAUCACGUGAUUUCUAGCACGGUGUAUAUGCUAGAGGCGAAAGGCUCAUAUGCGCUUGAGUCACUACAAUGCUUGUGGCGAUGCCGGAAGCGCUUGUUGGUAACCAGUAGUUGACCUUGGACGGCAAAAUUCUACAUUUCUUCACCACUGUCGCAUCGACAAACGAGUCUUUAACGGCCAAUAAGGUACCUGUCUGAAGAGUCGAUUUACCCAGUCCAGCCCUUCCAACUCCCGGCAGCAAUCAACAGAUCACGACGAGCGAGUCUUUGACCACUUCUUGCAGCUAUCAGUAGUUUACUUUAUCUCGCCAACUGGCAGUUGAUGUUGGUUUGUAGACAGAAACGACAGAAGUGCCAGCAAAAUACCUCGUCAGUCGUCUGAGUGGUUCUUGCGCAAGUAAUGCGUUGUUUGUCGGCUGUGAGAGGGUGAUAGCAACCGUGUCCGCCGGGAUAGAGGGUGCAGUGGAAGUUGGCCCAUGGGCACUUGAUUUCUCGAAAGCACGAGCUGGGGAGUUCGGACAGCACACAUGCAGCAGGCAUCCAUCUUGUACUGAUGGGGACUGCGGACCACCAGACUUCGGGCACAAGCCACAUCCCAGCGUCUAAUAUCGUGGGUCUGUUCCUGAUUAGGUAGUCUAGCUUGCAUACUGCUAACCUGCGUCACUGAACCUGAGUUCCGAAACGCGUCACUAUCCUCGGGCGCCGUAGCACCAAUAACAUAUUUCCAUAUUUUGAGUACAGACCGGUUCACAACAAUCGUCUGAAUUGUUUAAGACUGUCUGCAGUUCAGAGUAGUUGCGCGUGAGCAUUGCCUUCAUCGACGUUACUGAGCUCGACGUCGUUUUCGGAGGGAGGGAGUGAAAGGGUGAACCCAAUCUUUCACAUGACAGUCGUCGAACCAAGUACUUUUUCUCCUCGUUUUUGUAGUGCAUACAAUUCUAUGGUUGACAGUACUAACGACGAGCAAAUCAUUGAGCUAAAACUUCAGAGAAGACGUCUUAGUGGAGUCGACUUGAUGGGCCGCAUUACUCUUUUCAUGAUCCUUAAAUUUUAUAAAGCUCAACUCCAGCAAGUGUAGUAAUUUCACUGCAAUACGGUUUGUACGGUACUGACUCUCUCAUUUUAGAUAGUCAUGAGUGUGCCUAUUUCGAAAUAUAAAAAUGCCUGGGCCUUAAAAUCCCAUCUUCGCAUGUUCUAUCUUCCAAGUGCUUAACCCACUUUUAGUUUACUUUGAGAUUUCAUUUGAAGCCGCCCCACUCUGGAUGGUUUUAUUCGAUGUUUUUAGGUGACAACUAAACACCCAUUCAAUGGUUUGAAAGAAAACGGCAAUUCCCAACAAUCGGAUGAAGAGAAGCUUGCCAUAAAGAAGAUCAGCGCUGGCAGAACUCCUCUCCAUUCCCCAUUUGUCCGUCCUGAGCUUUAUUGCCCACUCCAGUUCCCCAACGUCGCCUCAAUGAAGAUGCCUGUACAAAACGUUGCUUGGGUGGAACAACUCAAGGCCCGCAGCCUCACUCCACCCGUUUCCGGGUCACCACAGAAAACAGUAUGCCUUGGUUAUGACGGUGGUGGCGACGUUCAGCAGCCAGUUCGAAGGCGUUUGAUCAGCGACAACUCGGCCACUGCUCCCUUUUGUCCGUCUGCAGCUGAGGAACACGUACUCGAUGCACUGACAUCCAAGGCUGAAAUAGAACAGGUCCGACAUAAGUUCAAGGAGCUGGAAAAGAAAAGCGACGCCACCUAUCUCAAACUCGCCCGCAGUGUUUCAAGUGGGCUUGAAUUGUAGUCUUUAUCACUAUUUUAACGUGUCUUACUGUAACUCCGUGUGUCCUGUAUCAAGUGCCUUCUCAACUAUACUUUGUAGGUGCUGUUGCGCCCUUCAAGAUCGGUGAUCCUUUUUUCGGUCACAGGAGCGGUGACCAUGCAUCAUCCUUCAACUUGGCGAAUUCGCACGAAAAACCAGCGCGACAUAUAUUGUCUCCGCCGCCACCAUCGAUGUCCACCUGCCUCUCAGUUCCCACCUCCCCGAAGGCGCGUCGUGCCACUUCGAUGCUGAUGACAACCAGCCCACUGGCGAGCAGCCUGCCGCAUAGUAGCGCUCUGGCAGCUCUGUCUGAUGAGGGUUCCUCUAAGCCCACGAGGGAGCCUUCGAUGAAGGCGUCGGGUGGUCUCUGCUUCUUCGGUGGGGAGGAGGCAGUGGCGCGCCGGAUCCGAGGCCAGGAAAUCAACCUUAUGACCCCUGUGUCCUUCUAA